AUGAGUAACAAGGAAGAAGCUUUAGAUGACCACACCAUUAAAAUCAUGAUAGAUUAUAUAAUAAUUGUGUAUAGUAAGAUGAAACAAAGAAUAGAAGAUUUAAAUAUGCAGCGCGAUGAGCUUUCUACACAAUAUAAAAAUCUGAAAAAUCAGCAUGCGAAUACAAAAGAAAUAUUAAAUCAAACAAAUAAUAAAGAACAAGAUUUUAUUAAGAAAUUAAAAGAGAAGAAUGAUGAGAAAAAUGAUCUGGAAACUGAACUAAAGAACAAAAUUCAAAAUAUAAUAAACCUACAAACUAAGCAGAAUGAUCUAGAAAACGCUGUGAAACUCGCAGAAACCGAGUAUGCAAGCCUUUCCCAUCAGCAUAAUAUACAGAAAAGUGAAAACCAAUUGCAGGAAAGCAAUUUAGAAGCGGUAACAAACAUAAUAAAAAAUCUUACUACAGAUCUAAACACGCCUAUACAAAAAAAUAAGGAGAAAGAAAAUAAGUUGAACCCACAAACAUCUGGUUUACAGAAUAAUAUAAACGCCAAUAUAGAAGAUAAUGACUUAAAUAAUCAUAGCACUAAUGAAUUAAAGGAAAAAAACAAGAACUUAGAAACUCUAUUAGAAAAGCUUAGUCCGAAAAUAAAAACAGAAAUAGAUAAUUUAAAGGCUGUGAUAGAUUCUAUGAAAAAAGAGUAUAACGAAGUUUCAGCCGAGAAAUCAGCUAUGCUUAUUAACAAUGCAAGUUUACAGAAAAAUCUACAAGAAGCAGAAGCAGAAAUUAAAAACAUUCAGACGGAUUUAAAUACAUGCAUAACUGAAAAGAAAAAUCUGCAAUCUGAAUUGAGUGAGAAAAAAAAUACAAUAGAUGAAUUGAAAUCUCAGUUAAAUGACAAAAAUACUGAUAUAAACAGAUUAGAAUCGGAAAUAAACAAAUUAAAUGGCAUAAUAGAAGAAAAAACAGAAGAAAGCCAGCAGAAAUUAACAUUACUUAAAACUAACAAUGAUGUGCAAGAAGCUUUGCAAAAAAAACUAAAUGCGGCUAUGGGAAGGGAAGAUGAAAUUAAUGAAAAACUACAAUCUCAUAUGCAAACCGUGAAUAAUUUAAAUACUGAUAUAAGUGAAAAAACCAAACAGAUCGAGUCUUUAGAAAAAAAUCUAAAAACCCAAAUAAAAGAAAAUGAUAACGACAAAGAUAGUUACACCAAAAUACAUAAAGAAUAUCAAAGUUCACUAAAAACAAUAGAUGACUUAAGGAGUGAGAUGAAGAAUAUUAAUACUAUGUUAAAUAACUAUCAAACAGAAUGUAAUAAGUUAAAAGAUGAACUGACUAUUGAAAAGAAAACUAUAAAUGAUCUAAAUAGUAAGUUAGAGACAGCAAAAUUCGAAAUACAAAAAAAAAAGAAGAAAAUAGUGCUCUUAAUGAAGAUAAAAAAAAAUAGUAAUUACCUAUAUUGA